GUCAAAUCUAAAAACAAACUAUGAGUAACAACUGGAAUUUAUUGUAAUUAUCCUAUAAAAGUUUACGACGAAUUAUAAAGUUGUUUUCAUCGAAAAAACAGUAUCGAAAUUUUAAUAUUUAAACGAUUUUGGUAGUAUUUUUCUUCAAUAAUCUUAUAAAUCAACAUGUUCAAUUUUUGGUCCAAACCUGAUCCAAAAGAUGAACAGAGAGAAGUUGAUAGGUCAUUAAGGAAAGUAGGAAGAGACAUUGAAAGAGAUCGUAGGCAACUAGAACGAGAUGAGCAAAAAUUGGAACAAGAAAUUAAGAAGUUAGCAAAGAGUGGAGAUGCAGCAGGUUGUAGAAUAUUAGCAAAACAGUUAGUGCAGCUUCGUAAACAGAAACAGCGAACAUAUACAGCUGGCAGUAAAGUUCAAGGAAUAGCGUUCCAGAACAAAGCUAUGGGAGCUAAUGUUAAAUUGGCAAAUGCGAUGGGCACAGCAGGAAAGACUAUGUCAGAUAUGAACAAAAUUAUGAACCCCGAAGAAUUGGCAUCUACUCUUAAUGCAUUCUCUAGAGAAAAUAUGAAAAUGGAGAUGACAGAUGAAAUGGUUAAUGACACUUUAGAUGACAUGCUAACUGAAUCAGGAGAUGAAGAGGAAAGUGAUAACAUUGUUACCCAAGUAUUAGAUGAGAUUGGCAUUGAAGUCAGUGGAAAGAUGGCAGGAGCACCAUUACCAGAGACUGGCAAGAUAGGACAGGGUUCCAAAUCGAAAGGAAUGAGCGAUGAGGACAUUGAGGCUCAACUGGCUAAGCUAAGAGGUUAAAGAGCCAGAUUUCUGACUACAUACUAUCUGAAUCCUGCCUAAUUGUAGAUGAAAUUGCUGUCAAUAUGAAUCUUUGUUAUUUUUAUAGUAAAUGCACAGUGUAUAUUUUAAUAGUUGAAUACUUUUUGUACAUACCCUUGUUAUAUUUUUGCAGUUGAUUUUUGUAACGCGAAUGGUUUAUGCUCUAUGAAAAAUGUUACAUGUUUUGAAUCUACAAAAUAUAUUAUAAUAUGAAUGAAAUAAAUUAGUUUACAA